AUGACAAGUGAACAUAUGUCGAGCAAAUGGUACAAAGUCUUGAUAAUCGGAGAGAGUGGUGUUGGCAAAUCGACGAUAGUCCGACAAUAUUGCAAAGGUGACAUUGAGCUGGACUACAAAAGUACAUUAGGGAUGGAUUUAAUGGUCAAGGAGAUUCAGGCUGGGACUGAGAAAGUGUGUCUUCAAUUGUGGGAUUGUGGAGGACAAGACCGGUUUCGUGGGUUAGUCUCUUCAUACUACAGAAAUUGCAAUGGGUUGAUUCUUACAUUUGAUUUGGAGAAUAGAAAUUCAUUCGACAAAAUUGGGAUCUGGUUUGAGGAAGCUAAAGAAAAGACUACAACUAAGAAACCAGUUAUCUUCCUCGUAGGAAACAAAAAGGAUUUAAAAAAGAACUCUACAAUUGAAAGGUAUGAGGUUGACGAACUCUGUGUUAGGUUGGGGAUUGUAAAGUAUUUCGAAUGCACUGCUUUUGAUAACAACAACGUUAAUUCCGUGUUUGAUAAAAUGGUCGAGGAAAUGAUCAGAUAUGAUAAAAAUACAACGCAAGAGACGUCUUUACAUUCCGCCACACUCCGGUUAAAUAACUUGAAAGGGUCAAAAGGGUGUUGUAAUUAA